AUUCAGCCUCGACGUAUUACAGCGAUCAUCCAUUGCAUGCUGUGUGACUCUCCUGUUCCCAGACAUCUCAGAUCGUUUAUUGAAGGUAUUCUAGGACACCGCAUGAGCAUGGAAUCGUUUUCAGUUGCUUUGGUUUUGCUCCAAAUUGGUGGUCUCAUCAGAUCAUGUCAGUCAUCCACCUGUCAUGCGCAGUGCGAUUACGACCACGUGACUGGAAGGGUUGACUGCUCCUUCCGUCACCUAGACUGCAUCCCCGUCAACUACCCAGACGCUCUCGUCAUGGAUCUCAGCCAUAACGACAUUACAGUGCUCGAACCAGCCGACUUCAAUGGAACCUUCACAAGGUUGGUGGAGCUGUACCUUGACCACAACAACAUAACUGAUGUGACGUCAUUCAUGACGUCAUCGGAGAUGGGAAGACUGGAGAAACUGUCGAUCAAACACAACGCUAUUUCUGGGAUGCAUUCCACGUGUACCCUCAGUUCUCUCGUUAAUAUGUCGGUUGAUUAUAACUUUUUAGUAGACAAUAUUUACAUUCCCAGAUGCCCAAUGUUGCAGUACUUUUCGGCAAAUUUUAACUUGAUAAUGGGUAUUUACCUGCUCCCAGAUUUACCGUCUGUUAUCAGCUUGCAGUUCAACCAAAUACAAUCUUUCACACUGAAAAUACAAACUGAUAUCCAAACACUCUACUUGGACCAAAACCAAAUUCACCAUUUUGAAGUUCAAAAUGACAGUGUUAACGUAGUUUCCCUCAGCCACAAUGAACUGAACACCCUGUCCCUGUCCAUUCCGCUUGAGCUAAACAUGGCAAGUAACGGAUUAACCGACUUCAGACAUUCAUUUAAUUUAUCUAGAAGCAGAGGUAGGUUCAUGAAUAAACUGGACAUAAGGAACAACUCGUUUCAUUCCCUGAGGCAACCAGACUGGGCAGAAGGUCUGCAGAUCCUAUACGCAGAUGACAACAUGCUGACCAACCUGUCUUCUACAACCCUGCAAGGAUUCUCAAGUCUGACGGAGCUCCAUCUGGCAAACAAUAGACUCUCGUUCAUCUCUUCAUCCGCUCUGAGGCAACUCAUCUUGCUACAGUCUCUGUACCUCGAUGACAACGACCUGGCGUCAUUGCAAGACGGAACAUUUCUCAGCCAAGCUGAACUAAAAGAGCUCUCCAUCAAAAACAACCAACUCUCCGUCUUACGCCCCAAUUACUUCACCGGUCUGGACUCUCUUGAGCGUCUGAGUGUUGCCGGGAAUCGACUCCUUUACGUCCACGCGGACAUGUUUGGUCGACUAACUCCUGAACUCAUCACCAUAGACCUCUCUCAAAAUGAAAUAAUCGUCUUUGAUAUUACGAACUGCAACCGUCUGGGAAACUUACAGAGCGUCCUACUAGCUCAAAAUUCAGUCAAUGACAUUACAUACAUACUUGGUCAUUGUGACAACUUGCUGAUGCUGGACCUGAGGUUUAAUCAGAUCGAAGUGGUUCCUGGUGACUCUCUUUCUGACAGAAACAGAGCGCUAUCCAGACUUGAGCUUCAAGGCAACCCUCUUCAGUGUGACUGCCGGUUGACGGGUCUACGUGACUGGCUUCUCGACCAUCCUUCGUCUGUUCUUCCUCGAUGUCAAAGUCCACCGCGGUACUCUGGAGCAGUGGUUACCGACUUGAAAACACAUGACUUCUCUUGCGAUCCUCCCAAGGCCAUGUCUAACGGAAACCAUCUUACAGUGACAGUUGGUCAGACAGCGACUCUGUCAUGCACUGCGACCGGAAUUCCUGCCCCAAACAUAACAUGGCUUGACCCCGCUGGCACGGUGAUAUCAGAUGGAGGGCAGGGCAAAUUCCUCAUUUCUAAAGACAUGACUUUGUUUGUCAUUUCCGUGAAGAUAUCUGAUCAAGGGUUGUACACGUGUUUGGUCCAAAAUGCUCUGGGUGAAAUAGACAAAUCUUUGAUCAAUAUUACUGUUACGGAAGUCUUUAAAUCAACAGACCUACCUACAGUGACGAAUAAACCCACCUCCAUUUCUUUGGCUCCUGUCGUUCUCCCCACCGUGUUUAUUACCAUCGUUGUCACACUCUCUGCAGGCCUAGUUGCCUUGGCCAUUCGCCGCUGUUGUCGUCACGUGAACAGACAAAUACGGAAUCCAUCUUUUUCAGGACAGGCCCAGCCGACGGUUAAUUUCCGCAGGCAGAGAGCCACACACUCGGAGGGAGGCUACGUUUCAAAAGUCGAUGGUGAGGAAUAUAUGACCCCAAUGUCGAGACCUAGCAAAGGGGGUGAGAUAAAAGAGACCCCAGGAUUCGUGUACGAGAAUACAGGCGUGCAAAUCUCACUACAAAGCUACCAGCGGCAGCCCACUAAUGACACCAGCGAUGACGUGUACGAACCGGUGUCUGUCAACUAAGCUUCUCUAUUUGGUAUUUCUUGUCUUUUUUGUUUCAGAUCAUUCUUCCAACAGUAUAUGACACAUUAAUCUACACGAUACAUACAAGACCUCGUAGUACCGAUGAUGAGAAAGGGGGUAAUGUGAAAUAAAGCAAUAUUCACCGGCGCAACAUCUACAUACUCAGGACACUCAUGCCCGUGGGUUUGAAUGUGGAAUUCGCUGCAUUAAUAUCGCCAGACCUGAACCAAACUCCGAUGAAAGCCCAGUCGGGCCGAUAAUUCAACCUCUAACUUCUUCCGAUGGGCACUGUUUUGCUUCAAAUUGCCUUACUCUGUUUAUGUCGUUCUCUGCCUCAUUUGAAUUGCCUUUUCCUAACUUUUGGCUCUCUUUUAAUGACGCGUUAAAGCGCUGCUCCCCUGUGGCGUAACCAGGGGCAAUAGGAGGAGGCAACUUUCCGCCGUAGCAACUUUCCCUCGUAGAACCCCCCCCCCCGAAGUGCCUGGCCAAGCCACUGUUUUUUCUACUCAUAGCUGAUCAACCCAGGGAUCCCCGUUGUUCAGUCCCAUGGAUUAAAGGAGAGAACGUUUGUCGGAUUUCUUUGUUCUGACAAUUUGAACUCAGUUUUCUGCAACUCUUGACUGAUGUUUGAUGUGCAUUCGUAUAUUAUAAAGCCUCACCUUGCUGUGUGAUUGUCGAUUAUUUGGACAGCGUUGAUUACAUCAUUUUUUCCCCAAAUCAUCCUUCACAGCGGCGUUACAAACUGGUGAAUAUCCAGGGUCAGAUCUCAUGCAACCCACUGAAGUCGCUGGAAAUAUUGCUUACGAAAACUGAAAAAUUGGAAAAAGGGAAAUGAAAAGGCACUAAAUGUCUUAGCUUCAGCUGAACGGUUGGGGAAAUCCUCAAGUGCAAGGAGGCGCCCUUGUGCAGGUUUGAAAAAGGCUACUUGAUUUAGGCCGUCGCCAUUUUCUUUGUUAUAAGAUGCCAGACCUUGCAUUUACAAACAUGUCUGAAUUUAACAUGCCAUCGGCAAUGUGGACGUCCUUACUCGUUGACCCCAAGAACGGUAACAAGGUAUACAUGUACGUGUCGUGGCGAGGUAUAAUGACAUUAAUGGAAGGACGAACAUUUCGUAACAGUUCUCAAGGACUGUAACCAUACAUGUAACAAUGUAGUUGAUAUUGUGAGUUACACUGUUACAGAAAGGGGACAAAAUCAGGCACUGUUAUUUGUCGCUAUACAUGUAUUUAUUUCAUUGACUAAUGUUGCUCGACCAAUAGCGACGCCAUGUAUACUACACAACGUCCAUAGAGACUUUAAUCAAGUAAAAAGCAAAAGCUAACAGUUUUAUUUUUAGUAUAAACAACAUAAUGGUUACGCAUGUACACAAAAAGUCUUGUGUAAUUAUUUUUAAUGUGUCAUUUUGUACAGUAAUUUGUAUCAGACUAUUCAGGCCGUUGUGUUUACUCAAGUUCAGAGCAUUGUUAAAUAUAUGAUUGUUAAACACCAUACACAAAAAAGAAGUACAGAAUGUGACAGGUUUCAUCUGCAUAUUGGUGGAUCCAAGGCUUACACGGCACUGGCAGAAGGGGAAAAGGACAAACAUUGGUAUUAGGCCUAUAGAUCUCAAACACUGCAGCCGUGUGUGCUUGACUUACCAUGGACAUGGGGGGUCUCAACUACCUGGUGCACCACCUGAUAUGUCAAAUGGCAAUUAUUUUGCCCUUUAAUUUGCCUUUGGGGGUAGUGAACGGAGUCUUCCAACCUUUAGAAGUGCUUCUGGCUGAGAGUUUUGUUUUUUCGAGGGGGGUCGGACUUCAUUGCAAGUCAGGAGGUGGACACAAAAAUAAUGGGUGUUGAUCUAAUUUAUGGGUAAUAAUUAAUGAGCCUUGAACAGAUAUUACUGAGAGCGUCCCUUAUCAACUGUUUUUCUCAUUUGUCUAAAAUUGCUUUCACACAAACCACGAUAAUCAAGCCAAACUCAUGCAUUGGUUUAGGGCCAGGUCCAAACCACCUGCACUCCCUUCCACGAACCAGCCUACGGGACAACUAUACAAGCUUCCCGCGAACUUGCAGCACGCCUACGUCAGUCUGUGUUCUUUCCUCUACGCUGUGAUGUGAAGUACAUGUACAUGUACAGUGUACAUGUACAUAUGUUUACCAGCCUAUUGCAACCACUUUCCUUAACCCUUCCUAAUAGGCAGGUGUUGGCAGACAGCUACCGCCCAUACUUGCCCACAUAACAUUUUGAAGUUGAUCGAUUAGAAACUUACACAUUAGCGGGGAUCAUGUGAAGCGCCGGACUGGUUUUGGGUCGAGUGGCUUGGACCUUGCACUGGCCGCUAUUGCAAAAUUGGACCAUUUGAGUUUAUUCCAGGAUUCAUGACAAAACAGCCUCAAGGAAAAGUGAAAUUGGCAGGAUAGGAUCUGCACAGAAAAAAUAAUGGACUUGUUCCACGAAUCGCAGACAACUCCCUAUGUAAAGGGUUAUGGUUACUGUGCAGAAAGAAUACAAUACAUGUGUAGAGGAUACCAGACGUUCCUUUUUUUCUUGUCUGUUCCUAUGAAUUGAUUUGAAGAGUAUUGCUCGACCAAAAAGCAAAAACAAAUAUUAUGGCUAAUAACUUCCAGAUAUAGACUUUAAUCCACUGACCUUCGAAAAAGCAAACACUAAAACUGGUUAUAGCCUAAUAUUUUGGUGAAAUGGUGACCAGAACAAAAAAUAUUAACCGUGUAUCGUUUAGAUAUAAAACUGUCAUUUGUAUUUCUACUUGACUUUUCAGACUGUUUGUAUUUAUGCAGGAGUUUAAAGUGUAAUUUAAUAUUUAUAGGCCUAAUGUUAAAGUUUAAAUAUUAUCAUAUACCCAAGAGGUAAUUACAAAGGAUGAUAUCUUAAUUUUUUUUAACAAACCCGAAUGCUAUCAACGGCGGAUGCAGCGGCCAAUUUUUCGGGGGGAGGAAGACAGAAUUUCUUUAUGUUACAAGCCUGGUCAUUCUGAGGGGUCACGGAAGUCAGUAAAUUAUGGCUUUUAACGAGCAUCUGGGAGGAAGACAGAUGAAAUCGUCUCUCAAAUCGUUCCUCUCUCAUUAUAGUUAAGACAAAAAAGUGUUCCCUUUUUGUCGGAGGGGGUGCCUCCCGGAGUCUAUCGAUGAAUAUUGUCGUAAAACGAACCCCUUCAAAAACUCGUUCAUCUUGCAUAUUGGUACAUGUGCAAUACUUGUUUCGAGAAUUUUGUGGAAAAAGUUAACUAUUUUGACAGUUCUCGUCUACUGAAUGUGUAAAAUUAUUAAUAUUAUUUUUACAUUCGAGAAACACUUGGCUUUGCUUGAUCAGGUGUCCGUUGUCUUAAUGGAGAGGACAAAAGUUUUUGCCCCAAGGCUUUAUGUAAAAAGUUACUGAAUGACGGAUUGAAAGUAUUUUACCAGUAACGACUUUUUUGUGGUAACGUUUGGUUCUCGUGUAUUAAGUAUAGCUGUAUAUUGUACCGUUACAGAGUAAAAAUGGAAAAAGUUGUAUUUUUGUUGAAAGGAAUACAGGUAGGCCUACAGUUGCAUGUCUUUUUCAACUAUAACUGACACUCAAGCUGAUUUGCUAUAAUAAUUUGAAGAAAUGAUACAUGUAUAUUUAAUAUUACAUAAAUACUGUAAUGUCUUGUACUAUAGACUUUACUUCAUUUUUCCGUAUGUUGACAAUAGAUUAAAAGGUAACGGCAUUUAUCUUUUUCUCGGUGCAUUUCUCAGCGAUUUCAGUCAUCUAGAAUGUAUUUGUUUUUGUUUAACCAGCAACAACUUUACGGGCUUGUGUAAGUUUUUAUAAUUCGGUGACUCAUACUGAGAUUUCAUUUCAGCUUUAAUUCAGUCACUUUCUACUAUAAAUAUCACCGUUUUUUUUCAUUUUUGAGAAAGCAAUAGUUAAAUGUACAUGUAUAUUGUGAGUAAUAAAUAUAGC